GCUGCCGGGCGGCGGGUGACUCAGGGGUGGCAGAGCCGUCACUUCGCUCUCCGCGCUGACGCUCACUUCCCCUGCCGUAGUGACUGCGCUACUCAGACGCAUUACUCGUUGUUAUAUACUACGGAACAGUGUGUGUGAAGGGUAACGGGGCAGCCAGGCGCUGCUCCCAGCUGUACACAGGGACAUCGCCGCUGCAGUGCAGCGGGACAGAGCGGUAAUGUCGCUCAGAGACGGAGUUAGCGCCAAUCAGUGACUCGGUGACCUGUGGUGCCUCCCACCUCCCCCCGCCUCCCUGACAGGGGGACCUGACAUUCACCUUCCCCCGCCCCUCUCCAUGCUCACAGACCGGCUCCUCUAUCCCUAAUCUUACUGCUCUCAGUGCCCGGGGCACAACGGCGGCAGCGGCACAGAGAGCGCAGGGAGCAGCCCCUGUCACCCUGACCCGGGAGCAGUCACACACACCCACAUAGCCCGGCAGCCGGUGACAGGGCAUGCCGCCUGCAUGUAGCGCACUAACCCCAGCAGCAAGUGACUGGACCGGCUGACAGGGGGGCGCACUGCCGGGGCUCCUACACAUCAGUUGCUCACAUUGCUGAUACUGCUGCUGGCACCUAGCACCAGGCUGCAGCUCUUUUUCUCCCUCCCUGGGGCUGACCCACGUACUGGGGGUAGUGACACUUGCGGGUCCGGGGAAGGCUGUCCAGGUGCAGUACUUGUCUGUGUAUCACUUGCUGUUUACUUGGAAGGGACAUUGAGAUAAUAAAACCUGUCCCAUAUAUUUGUGCUCAGGCUCUGGGGAGGAAGAUGCUCUUUGGGUGCUGUACUAGAAAUCCGUGUUACCUGGCAUAAUUUAAUAUGGAAUACCAAAAAGAAACACAUCAGUGAUCUGGAAAUUAUCCUUGGAUCAACAAAGUAGAGGAAUUUGAGAUCAAGUCAAGCAGAAUGAAUGGAAGGAACUGCAAUAUGAAUCACAGGGGUACUGGGACCCCCCAGGGACCAGGAAUGAUCAGUGGGCAGCAGAUUCCACCAAUUAGAGUACAUACAGGAACUCCAUCCCCAUCUUCUAAUAGUGCCACGCCCAGUCCUGCUAAUGGAAACCUGUAUUUAAAAAUGUCUCUGGGAGGUGGAGUAGCACCACAAAGCAGCGAGAACACCAUUCACUUACCUGCCUUAAGUCCAAGGAGACAAGUCAUAACAAAUGGGAAACCCGUAUUCCAAGUGCCACAGCCACCGAUUAUGCAGCCAUCUUCCUUAUCCAAGCAAAAGCAGCAGGAUUUUGUGCCUCCUUUUCCAGCAAGCUGUGUUAGAGGGAGUGUUGGCUUUGGUCUGCAGAGCAAGUCACAAGGAAAAGGCAGCUGCAACAAUCUUAUGGUCACCAGCAGUCCUAUGAUGGUCCAGAGACUGGGCCCCAUAUCCCCUCCUGCAAACCAGGCUGCGACAGCGUGCACUCAGAUGAGCCCCUGCUUACAGAGAACGCUAAAUCUUCAGCACUUAUCAAUACCUCCAUCUGAUACCAGGUCUCUUAUGUCCCGUGAGUCUCUUGCCUCUACAACUUUAAGCCUGUCGGAGAGUCAUUCUACAAUGAGUGUUAAACAGGAAUGGUCUUAUGGAUAUAGAUUUCAUCCUUCUAAUCAUGGUUCUCAAAACAGUAGUGAGCCAGGAGAUCUACUUAGUAUUCCACCCGGAACUUCUAUGUCCAGUAAUAGUGUCAACAACUCAUUGCCCUCAUAUCUGUUUGGCAUAGAGAACAACUGUUCGCCUUAUCCUAGUCCUAGACAUUCUUCUCCAAGAUCUCAUUCAGCACGAUCAAAAAAAAGAGCACUUUCAUUGUCUCCGUUAUCUGAUGGUAUAGGAAUAGACUUUAAUACAAUCAUUCGCACUUCACCAACUUCAUUAGUUGCCUAUAUAAAUGGUUCAAGAGCUUCUCCAGCUAAUAUCUCGCCUCAACCUGAAGUUUAUGGCCAUUUUUUAGGGGUCAGGGGGAGCUGUAUCCCUCCAACAUGUAUUGGGUCAAACUCUCAGAGAAGUCUUCUUGCCAUCAAUGAUAAUGUAUCUAUUCCUGAGAAUGUGACAGCAGAAUAUCAGCGUAUGCAACAGCUGGAACAAAAUAGCUUGCAGGCUGAUGCUAUGAACAAUAUGGUGGUUCGGCAUAGCAGUGGGCUAAAUGAAGGGCAGACAAUGGGAGUUUUAAAAAGUGAAAGGGUGGAUGAAUUUCCAGGUGGCAUGACUUCUGAAACUCCCCUUCCUCUUACAGCUCCUCCUCAUCAAGGUCCACCACCACCUUACCAUGCCCAUCAACAUAUGCAUCAACAUGACUUGUUAAAUCAUUCCCACCAGCUGUCACUCCCACCUCCUGGUCAGGUUCCUUUACUAGAAGAGGAGGGAGAAAUAGAUGAUUUUAAUGGUAAGCACUGUUGCCGGUGGAUUGAUUGCAGCGCUCUAUAUGAUCACCAGGAGGAGCUUGUACGGCACAUAGAAAAGGUUCAUAUAGAUCAGAGGAAAGGAGAGGACUUUGCUUGCUUUUGGGCAGGUUGUCCUCGAAGAUACAAGCCCUUUAAUGCUCGUUAUAAACUUCUCAUUCACAUGCGGGUCCAUUCUGGAGAGAAACCAAACAAGUGCACGUUUGAAGGGUGCAAGAAAGCAUUUUCAAGGCUUGAAAAUCUAAAGAUUCACUUACGGAGUCACACGGGGGAGAAGCCCUACCUUUGCCAGCAUCCUGGCUGUCAAAAGGCUUUCAGCAACUCAAGCGAUCGUGCCAAACAUCAAAGGACGCACCUGGAUACUAAACCCUAUGCAUGUCAAAUUCCAGGGUGCAGUAAGCGGUACACAGAUCCAAGCUCAUUACGAAAGCACGUUAAAGCUCAUUCUUCCAAAGAUCAGCAUGCCAGAAAAAAGCUACGACCAAGACCAGAGCUGGACCAAGAAAUUCUCAGCGACUGUCUCACUAUUCAGCCUCUGCAGCCAUCAACAUCGCCACAAGAUCCCACAGAGAACACACUUGGAAGGUCUCCUGGCCCUGUGCAUGACGUAUAUCCAGCUGCUUUGUUCUCCAGUACUCACUCAAGUAGAAGUGGAACAGCUGGCGGAAGUGUACCUCAAUCUCAACCUCUUGCUUCCAAUCACCCUUCUCCAGUAAACAAUAUGCAGUCCAGUCCACAUAAUCCUCCAUCCCAGCUACCUCCUCUAACACCAAUGGAGCCCGGCUCAGAUAGAUUUUCACCUCAUCAUUCAAGCCCAAGGAGACUUAAUGUCCCCCUGAAUAUGAUGCAGAGACGAACUCCACAGCCACCACAAGUGCAGUCAGUGGGAGGGGCUUACUCAAAGACAUACCCGGCAAUAGCAAAUGCCUCAGUGCAACCGAACAGUCUUCAUGUUCAAGGAUUUUAUGGCCAGCUGCAGACGUUUUUCCCUCCACAUUACAGUGAUCCUCAGAGAAACAUACAACAUGGUAAUAUGUGUAGCAUGAUGCCUCCUAUGGAAGAUGGUUGUGGGAACAAAACAGACUUUGAUGCGUUUCAUAGGGCAUUCACUUCUCACUCUGGUAUCACAGUCUAUGAUUUCCCGAAUGGAUCAGCUGGCCUGUUUGGGGACUCGCAACGGAAUAACUUAGAGGAUACCAGUUUCCUACAGAUUAAUGCAAUUGAUCGCUGUCCUAGCCAACUUUCCUCAGUUUACACCGAAGGAUGAAUUGGACUGUAACUUGCCUAUAGCAUGAGUGUUAAACGACUGGGAAAUAGACCAGAAAUUGUUCAGAAAAGGAGUAACUCUUUAGAAGAACAGUCAAUCUGAAUAUAUAGGUUUCUACUCAAAGGGAAAGCAUAAAAGAAGCUAGAAAGCGAAUUGCAUUUUACAUCUCCAAAAUGCAAUUACAUAAGACGUCAGCAAUGAGCAACAGAAAAAGCAAGAUACACUUUACAGAUUCUGUGCACCUCUGUCAGCUUUAAGACCUGAUAAUACUGAACUUAAGUUAAUUCAACUCAAUGAAUUUUGGACUUACUGCAGUCAUCAAGAUGACUCUGAUGCUAAAUUGAACUGUCAAUUAAAGACAUUUCCCACCUGUAA